GUGAGACGUUUUGCAGGAAAUCAUACACAAGUAAUAGUUGAGCAGUGAUGGUAUCUGUUUCUUGUGAGCUUAUGAAACAGUGAGGCUAGUUCACGGUAGACGAUGUUUCUAAAAUAUAGCAUACUACUGGCCGUCUUUCUUGGGUAUGGACUUUGUGAGAGCGAGAAAAAUAUUUCAAGGCCAUUGAAUGGCACUGUCAUUGGUAACCAGACCCUCCCGCAUGCAGAUGGUCCAUACUUGAAAAAUAUGACACGGCAAUUGAGUGGCGCUGUCAUUGGUAACCAGACCCUCACGCGUGCAGAUGGCCCAUACUUGGUCACCAGUGACUUAGUUGUCACAGAAAAUGCUACUCUUACCAUAGAAGCUGGUACUCUCAUUAAUUUUGUUCCAUCUGUGGGAAUUCGUGUUCGUGGAUCAUUUAAUGCAAAAGGAACACCUUCUCAGAGGAUUUCUUUCCGAGCGAUUCCUUGUGGAGAAACAAGUUUUUGCAAUAAAACGGACGGGGCUAAAUUUUACAGUCGGGGAAUAAGGCUUGUGAAUGGAACAUCCUACGACAACGGCCGCCUUGAACUGCAGUAUAAUGGACAGUGGGGGGCUUUCUGUUACCGCUGGAAUAUGUGGGGUCUUAUGCAAGUGGCCUGCAGACAUCUUGGCUUCCUUGGAGCAAAGAAGAUUUACUAUCAUCCUGGCAGCGGUCCCGUGAUGAUGACGAGUGUUAACUGCAAGGGAACCGAAAAGAGUCUAUGGGAUUGUCCUUACCAUUGGAUUACGAAUGUUCCGUAUUCAUGUCACGACGGCCGGUACGUUGGCAUUGAAUGCGACGCUCUCUUGCCUUAUUUGGCAGAGACUUUUUACUGGAAAGGUAUUCACUUCGAGCCGACGAAUUCCUCAGAAGAACAAGGAAUCUCUUCGCUGGAGUACGUGGAUAUUGAUAGUGCUCUCGAGGGUGUAAAUGUCGUGAGAAAUGCCCCAGAGUUACUAAGUGUUACAAUUAACGGUAGCGCCUCUGGCUUAAAUGUCAAAGAACUUGCCAAACCCUUGACUGUGGUCGAUUCUUCAAUUAUGCGAUCUGUGUUGGCUGGUGUGAGCAUCGAAAUAGUGAGCUCCGGUGGUAAUGUUGUUUUUGAAAACGUCAUAAUUCAGAAGACACGAAUUGGAGGAGGCCUUGUUUACAAGCGCCUAGCAGUGAAUUUCUGUUCCGUCAUUCCACAGAAAGUUUCUUUCCCUUUACUUGUAAAUGCCGCUGGAAAUCAUCAUUCCGUAAAUUGCAGUAAGGUUUUCAGAGCAUCAUCAAGAAGAAAGAUCUCAUUGUACUUGAGGCUAAUUGAGGGAAGUGGAUUUGAGCUAAACAUUACUGAUGCAAGCACAGCUAACAAAACUCACCUUUAUAGAAUCACAAAUGAAUACAAUGGAAAGGCAAUUACGACUAUUGCUUGUUCUAUUUUGGAGAUUUCCUUCUAUUCUAAAGGCAGCCCGAGAGUUCCAGCUAACUUGGAAAUGAUCGUCAUGGAGGAUCAAGGCGAGACUUUAUCGCUUGUGAUAUCAAACAGUACCUUUUCUGACAAUUUUGAGUCUGGUAUUACAGUUGAAAAUUUGAUUGGUAACUCUCGAAUCUCGCAGACAAAGGUGAUAGGGAACAAUUACUAUGGACUUUACGCCAACAACACACAAGGAAAAAUCUCUGUGUUAACGUCCGUGUUUUUGCGUAACAAAUAUAGUGGUUUUACCUUAAACAAGAUGACUGGCACUCUAGAAUUUAGUAACGUGAACUCCACGAAUAAUCGAAAUUCAGGAAUAGCAAUCGAUGCAGGGACUCUAUUAUUCCAAAUGUCCGAAAGUCUUGUUAAAGAGAACCGUGACCAUGGCUUGCAAAUCUUAAACCAGGUCAACUCUACUAUCAAUAUUUCCAGCUCACAGUUUAUUCGUAAUGGUGAAGGGAUACAUCUUCAGGAAUUUCGCUUUUGCUAUGUUCGACUCGUGGAAGUAUCGUCUCUUAAAAAUGGGCAAAAUGGGGCUUGGCUAGCAAGAUUAUCCGACACCAGAUUAUAUGCAAGCUCUUGUAAAUUUGAUGGAAACUGGCGUCAGGGAGUUUACGCUGACUACUUCUUCGGGGGAGGAAUUAAUUUGGAAAAGAUCUCUACCUCACAAAACUACAGAGAUGGUUUUUCUUUCCAGCACGGGGAAACUAACAUUAACAUAGAAUCUUCGUCUUCUUUUGCGAACGGCAGAGAUGGUUUUUUCUUGUACCAAGGGGGAAAAGUCGUCUUAAAGGAUUUUGCUGUUCAUGGCAACAAACUACACGGAUUGCAGUUUCAUGAUAGGAGCUCAGCUUGUCUUCAAUCUAUUCAUCUUCUAAAAAGUAAUGUUUCAGGGAACAGUCUAAGGGGUGUGGUGUUUUAUCUGGCGCAUAGAUCUAAUCAAGGCCUGGAGAACUUUACCGUCAUAAAGGUUGCAAACUCUACAAUUUUGAACAAUGCUCGAGGUGGCUGUGUGUUCUAUCAUUACUGCAGCUAUAGACUAAGAAAUUCGCGGCAGAGACGCAUUCAGCUUUUAUUUAUUGGUAAUGAAGUAAAGGGAAACCAAGAAUUCGGUUUGAUCAUCAAUGGCCCGGAAUGGUUCGAGCUAAAUGCUCUCUUGGCUAAUAACAGAUUUUGCGAGAACAGUGGACUUGCUCUGGAAGUAAGGUCUGGGCAAAGUUGUUACUAUUAUUCCUCAUCACCUUUCAAUGUUGAGGUUUCAUCGAACAAUUUGUCGAAUAAUAAAGGGGAGUACGUAUUUUUCGUCGAUUGCAAUACGUUACCCUUAAAAUGCCGUGUCAUGAUCAACAAUAACACGAUUUUAGACAAUCAAAGAAUCCAGCGGUUUUCCUACUUUUAUCUUCGUACCAAAACGCAAGCAGUUUUAGCUGUAAAAGGAGGCAACGUUACUAUAAAAUACAAUUCGUUUACGAAUCCUUCGUUCUCUCACGAAUUAGCAGCUCUACUUAAAGACCACGAACACGUUCUCCAAGCGGAAGAAAACUGGUGGGGAACAAGAGAUGAAUGCGAAAUAAAAGACCGAGUGUUUGAUUUCGAAGAUCGAGUGGAACUUGCACAGAUUCAAUAUUAUCCGUAUUUGGAUUCUAGUAAUUCUAGUAGCGCCAAAUUCCAUGAUGGUGUCAGACCUUUUUGUUUUCUUCGGGGUAACAGGUUAGGAGGAACAUUGAAUCAAACCCUCAAUAUUACAAAUCAAAUUGAUGCCUACCAAGUUAUCAGCGAUGUCACAAUAUUGUCCGACGGCGUUCUUUAUAUUGAAGAAAACGUUACUUUAGGAUUUUCAUUGAAGAGCGUUUUCCUAGUUCAAGGGCAGGUUAUUAUAAAAGGUAAAGAGAAAGAACGCGUGAAAUUCCUUCCAAAGGUACCAUCGCAUCAGAAUAUUAGACUCGUUGGCGGUCCUGCUCCUUGGGAAGGGAUCUUCGAAAUAUGGAUCAAUAGCACGUGGAUUCCUGUUUGUACCCGUACCCUUCGAUACGCACAUUACAUAAUAUGCAGACAAUUGGGAUAUGAACCAGAACGGUCAUAUUACCAUGACCCAAGAGGAAAAGAUAAAAUAUUCCUACACGAUUUCCUAUGUAAUAUAUAUCAGGGAGACAACAUCAACGUUUGUAACAAAAACUCCUGGUUUUUCUCAUCAUCGUGCACGACUUCUGUUUUGUACGUCAGUUGCAAAAUUCCUUACUGGACUGGCAUUCAUCUUGCAGCGAGUUCGAAGGAAAGCUUUGUCAGCAAUGUUGAGGUGCACUAUGCAGGUUUUCCUUAUAGAGACGACCUGAAUAUACCUGGAAUCGCCUUUAGAGUGGACCUUCCCCGUCACGUGAUCAGCGGUGUCUUCGUGAGUAAUUCGGCUUUCAUUGGUUUCCAGAUUAUGUAUCCAGACCCCGUUAAAAGCUCAUAUAAAAUCGAAAAUUUAGCGAUAGCCGAAACUGAAUCAGAUGGAAUACGUUUGGAGUCUCCAUUCCUUGAACUUUAUAGUACACAUGUCGUAAAUACAAAAGGCUACGGAUUUUCAUCCUAUCCCAACUGGAAUGCCCUCAACUCUCAUGUUCUAAAUAUGGCGGAUGCAACCGUAAAGAAGUUUAUGGACGUGUGCACCGAGAGUGAAAGAUUUAUGAAUGACUCUAGUGUGGUGUACUAUCUAGUUGUGACAGCAAGCAGCGUAGCCUGUAAGGCCACAAUGACUGUUCCACGGGAAUAUACAAUAGGACUGCAGCUGAUCUACAACAAUUGGCCUUCAAGAAAAACUUUCCGCAUCUACAAUGGAGCAGACAAGACAGCAGGUACAGUAUGGAAUGUCCAUACAUUAAGGUGGUCAAGCCGUCCUACCUGGAUAUCUGGUAAUAGAACAAUCCUAUUGGAAACAGGGAGUUGGUAUUGGUCACUUUCGACGGCGCAUUUUCUGAUGUUUCUUAUCAAAAAAGGCGAGGAAGGGAAGGUGAGAUCACCAAGCCUUGUAAUAUCUAGAAACAAUUUCAGCCACAACACUAAUGGUGGAAUCUUUUUGGGUGGAGAGGACACAGGAAUAGUUGACAUCCUAAACACGAACGUACGAGACUCACCCCAAAAUGGCCUAUCGACAGGAUUUUCCCACGUAAAUAGUUUGAAGCUGCUAAAUUGCCAGUUCGUCAGAAACAAGAUUGGAAUCAAGCUCUCUUCAUUUUCAGGCAAUGUCACUAUCGAGAAUACCAAGGUUUUUAACUCCACCGAAAAUGGACUUUACGUGAACACGAACGGUGAAAAAACAAUCCAUAUUGAAAAGGGUGGCAUAUUUCAUAGCAAUGGAUAUGGACUUUAUCUAUAUGGUCGUUAUACCGAAGUGAAACUUUCUGCAACUAGGACUUUCUUUGGAUGGAAUAAGGAGUCAUCUGUUUACUCCCGAAUUUAUUACGGUUACAGUUCGCCUUGUCCUUCCCAUACCAUCUUUACAAACUGUACAUUUUAUGCCAACCGAGGCCCUGUAGUAGACAUCAACAGGUCUCCACACUCUAAUCCAUGGAAAUUUGACGGAAACUUUUUCCUAAAUAACUCUCAAGGUCCUGUUAUUUUGACUACGCAAUAUAGGUACAACACUCCUGGACUGUUUUUGAGAAAUAACAGCUUCUUGUUCAACCUCUGUCAAGAUAAAAGCGUCAUAGACAUAAAAGGAGGCACAAAAGUUUUGGUCAUAGAAGGGAACAUCUUUAAACAAAAUUAUGGCAGAUCAAUUUUUUUAGAAAAAACGUCUACUUCAGGUGCAACUAUAAGGAGUAACGUCUUCACAGAUAACAAAUGCUUGAACAGUGGAGUCGUUGAAAUUCAGAGGAUGGAUGAAGACAUCUUAAUUGUUGGCAAUACCUUUGAAUUAAAUAAAGGACUGUCUAUGGUUUUUCUCCACUGCGAAUACAUUGUAGGAGGGAACAUGCCCUCUGACAUGAAGAAUGUAACGUUUUCGAACAAUUCACUCAUCAACAACGUGAAUGUAUCAUCAAGUUCCCCCAGUUGUGUGGUAAAAGUCACUGGAUUUACGGAUUUAAGAACAUUUUUCGUUAAUUACAACAGAUUUAGCAGCGAAUACUUCUCAAAAGAAUUUUGUGUAAGCACCGAUGCAUCAUCAUAUAGGAGCACAAUGCAGGCCUCCUUAAAUUUCUGGGGUUAUGAUGACGAGGAAAAAAUCAAGGAGAGAAUAUUUGAUGCUGAGGACAACUACCAACAGAAAUUCGUUGUUUUUUGUCCCUUCAUUAGCAGUGCAGGCAUCAUAAUCAUGGGCUCGCGCAAAAAUAUCACUAUUGAUCCUCUUACAAAUAGCGUUUUGGGAGGCAGGAUAUCAUCUAACGUUCUUCUAAAAAAAGAGCACAGCCCUUACACAGCUGUGUCAGAUAUCACUAUUCUGCCUGAAGCUUCACUUUCAAUUGAUCCUGAUGUCGAGGUGCAGUUUAUGCCAGGAGUCAGCAUGUUGGUUCUUGGUUCACUUUUUGUAGGCGGAAAGGAAAAUGAAACUGUCAGAUUCUCUCUUUCAAAAAAGCCAAUUAAUAACAAUUCUUUGAACCUUCGAUUAGCUGGAGGUAAGUUCCCAUGGGAAGGACAUGUACAAAUACUGUACAACGGUAAUUGGACUCUACUGCGUUUAAAUGAGACAGAGCAUAACAAAACAAAUGAUGUGAAAUUGAUAUGUGAACACCUGGGCUACCAAGCACCAUUGUUCAUCAAUUAUUCCCUUCACGAAUUCCUCGGAGCGUGGGAUACUUGUGCCUCUAUUCAGUGUAACGGAAAUGAAACAUAUUUAGCAGAAUGCUCGCUAUCUUUCCAAAACCUCAGUUGCAACACGCUGAGUCAUCUGGUGCUGAACUGCGGCGGAGGAAGGCCUUGGGGAAAUAUCAGAUUUAUUCGCGAAGCUAGGAACACGUCAAGCCAGUCUAAAUCAAGUUUAAAGUACCUAAGAAUUGAACACUGUGGUGAGAAACAUGACCAGAAAGUUGCUGCUAUUGAAAUGAUUCAGUACGUUCCAGAAGUAAGUCGUGUGACUGUUCUUAACUGCACAUCAGGUGGUAUCAAGGCAUGGUUCCCAGAAAGGGAGGUCAUUAUAAUGAACAGUUCCUUCGUGAACACUGGAGGAGACGGAGUUGAUCUUAUAAUAACGAAAAACAAUGUUACACUUGAAAACGUGAAAUCGGUACAAAACGAGUAUGGACUGAGUUUUCAUGAAGCGUACGGUGAAUGGAUUAACAUAAUAACAUACGGCCAAAUUAAUCUCUGCUCUCCACACAAAGUGGUGGAUGUCAGGGAUCGCGAUUUAUUCAUUUACUUCAAGGCACCUUCUAUAACUUUCUCAAAUCUAGAGGUGUCCUGCAGUGUGAAGGUUCAAACAGAGGGAGAUGCCAGUUUUACCGUUCAGCUAUUGGUGAUGAAAAGUACAAAAUCUAUACGGAUAAAUGCUCCUGAUGGACAUGGAAUCUUGGUGACUUAUUAUAGCAGCCCAGGUCCACUUUCGAAAAGAAGAAUGAUUGCGGGGAAUUCUUUUACGGUCAGCUUUCAAGGAUGGUACAGUAGCGAAAUGCUUUUGCAAGUUCAACGUGUCGAUAACAAAGAUAUGCCAUGUCCAUUUGACUAUGGAUUUUGUAAAUGGAGACGUCAUCCUAAGUCAAGUUUCGGAAGCAAAACCCUGACUCAAGAUUGGUAUCAUGGAAGGAAAUCUGGUGUUACAGACCAUACAUAUUCAAUGUCUACAGGUGGUGUUUUAUGGAUUCAGGCCGGGCGCUGGGGAGUUGGUUAUGGAGCCCUCACCAGUCCAUCAAUUUUCAGAGACAGCAACUACUGUUUCUUGGUGUUCUACUACAGGCUGCAUGAGAGAUACCGCGCUUCAGCAUCGGUUUCUGUUUAUUUUGUAGAAGAUAAUGCUGAUAACGGGACACUGCUGUGGUCCACGAGCGAAUUAAUGAAUCAAUGGAAAAUGAAAGAGAUUGAGCUACCUAGCGCUGAUGCCAAUUACUCAAUUGUAAUCUUGGGAUAUGUUAAAUACUAUGGCAAAGUUUAUGUCGAUGACUUAGGCUUUGUUGGUUGUGAUUCACCCGCAGUCGUGCACCAAGUAACCGGGAGCGUUUUCAGCGGAAACGUGAAGCAAGGUGUACGGUACACUUCGACUCAGAGUGGUGGAAGCAUGUUUAGACUAGAACGUUGUCAGGUUACAAACAAUGGUCUGAAUCCAGUUCUUAAUGGGAGGCCGUCAGGAGUAAUUAAUUUCACUGCUGUCAAUCAAGAGUUCGAUAUAGUCAAUAACUAUAUUGCCGGAAAUAAUAAUGGAGGUAUUUAUUCCAGGAUAAUCAAUGAAGUGUCCACGAUAAGACCACUAACUAGCCAUAUCCAUGCGAACACCAUUGAGAAUAAUAGAGGAAGCAUAUUACGCGUAGAAGGAGUUUCUGAGCCCUAUGCGGACGUUAAAGUGACCAACAACUAUUUUUCUCGAAACCUGGCUCGAGAUUGGGAUGGUAGGGCAAAUAUUGUCUGUAUCAUAACGAAUUUUACGGCAAUUGUUCAAGGAAAUUUCUUUUACGACAACGUUGGUCAUUAUGUCGUUUUCUAUGAUAAUCCUCAAUCAAAUACUACCGGUCUUCGAUUUGUGAAUAAUACAUUGUAUAAGAAUGUCAACUAUGGAGCAACUAUUCUUUGCAAUGGAGCAGCGGAAAUUCUGGGAAACGUUUUGCAGAAUCCCAACAACCGUUAUCAGAUCAGUACCACAACGAGAGGGAGUCCAGUCACCAUUAAUGCCACUUUUAAUUGGUGGGGAGAGAGUGUACCAAAUCUGAUUUCUGCUCUGAUCAUGGAUAAGACUAAGGAUUACCGACUGUCCCUAAAAGUUGUGUUCCAGCCUUUCACCCAGAAACCACCUCUAACAGUUAUAUCUGCUUCUUGCCCGCCUGAAUGGAUAAAAGACGAUGAGAUGUGUUUCAUGUACAAAGGAGGCUCAUUCACUUUCCUUGAUGCCAAGAAGUAUUGUGGGAGUUAUGGUGGAAAUAUCAUCAACACGCUAUCAAACGAAGAUAAACAACUCCUAAAACAUCUUAGACAAAAAGAAACAUUGGUUCGUUCAGACGUGUUGCCUUCCCUCUGGACUAUAAGUCGACACAUUUUGAAAGAGCCCCAAAGUGGAUAUGAUCAGAACAAUAAUGUAUGUCCUGUGGUGGCUGCCGACGGAAACGUUACACAAGUCAAUUGCGAUGGACUUCAUCCCUUUGUUUGCGUGAGAAGGCCAGUUAUCCACUGUCCAAACAGCUGUUUCCAUAAUGGGGACUGUAUAGGUGCCACUUGUUUCUGUUAUCCCGGAUGGACUGGAGAAGACUGUUCCAAGUUUGAUUGCCAUAACUUGCAUAACUGUUCUGGUAACGGUGAAUGCAUGGGUCCCAAUGUCUGCAAAUGCUACCCUGGAUAUUUAGGUCGUGGCUGCACUUAUUCCUUUUGUGGAAAGUACGCUAGUUGUGCUGAUUGUGUUACAGACCCAUUUUGUGGAUGGUGUGACAGUUCGCGCUCCUGUCUCGGAGGAUUUGCUGCGGGGCCUCCACGAAUAAGCUGUCCGGCAUGGUUCUACUACCAUUGUUAUACAGUGGGAGACGGACGUUGUUCACAUGAUAUAGUUAGGGUGAACUGUCGAGAUAAGCACUGCAACUUGAAAGAUGGAAGAGCUACUAUUGAAUCUUGUCAAAAAUGUCGAGACCUCGAAAAAUGUCACAAAAUCGCGGAAGAAAACCGGUGUAGAACAUGGAAUGAGACUCAGUGUCCUGGAGGGGAAAUUAAAGUGGAUUAUUCAGAUCCCCAAAGAAGAUAUAACGUGAAAUUUGUUAAGAAUGUGAAGAUUGUGGAGCCCAACGAAACUCUCGUUUAUGCAUGUCCAGUAAUUUUGCCAAAACAAGAGAGGGUGUCGCUUAUUCUAGUUGUACCAGAAGUUCUUAAUGUUCAAAAGGGUGAUAUACUGUGUAGUCCUCAAGCAGGAGGCGUCAUGCACAAGAUUGUGAAAGAAAUCAGCGAUGGGCCUUUUCAAUUGAUGUUGAGCGCCCCAGCAGGGUUAGAAGAGGUUAUUAAAUAUGCGGACUUUAGAGGCGAAGUAACUGCCGAGCAGAUAGACGACGACUCAACUUUUGAGGAUGAGCCUGAUCAAGAUGACUUGUGGGAUGUUAUUUCAGGCAACAUUACGUUCGAUGAGGGUCGGGUAACUGUGCUUUCAAAUGAAAUAUACAAGUGCCUUGGUCACACGUAUGACACUGGAAAAAUCAUUGUCCACUCGUAUUUCCUGGUAAUAGAGAAAAACAAUAACAUCCCAAAGACAGGUGACAUAGUUGUGUCCAAUGUCAGUCAUGGUUUCAUUGAGACUGUUGUUGCAGUUCAUAGAACAAACAAUACCCACUACUUGGAAACGAAAUUUCAGAGAUGUAAAGCAAAUUCUUAUUGGGAAGGCAGAAGCCUCAUCAUCUUAUCUUAUAUGAUUCUGAAGGUUGUGGAAGUCUACUCUAGCGGAAAUUUUCUUCUAGUGGAAGUAAUUUCUGCCAACCUUGACGAAAAUGGAACUAUUAUUACUGCUGUGGAUAUUAAUAUGCUGAAAAGUCACCACAGACGAAGGAGGCGCUCAACGAGAUACGACUUUGAAUUGGCAAGUUUUAAACCCAACAAAAUACACCACAAGCUGCUGUCAACAGGGAUCGCCGAGCUGAAAGUCUCUUUGGGGAUGUCCUUUACAAUGAAAAUGUUUCUUGAGAUAGAGAAAAGUUGGCUCGGAUUUGAAAUAGAAGAUGCUACUGCUGGUCUGGAGUUAGAUGGAAGCUUAGAUUUUUCUUUGACAUUUACUGUUGGUGGGAAGCUAAGGUAUAACAAAGGUCUAAACGUCAUGAGAGAAAAACAGCUCGGUCGUUCGAUUUAUAUUCCCGUUGGGCCAAUUAGAAUUCCUGCUGGGCUUUUCUUAGGAAUAACAGGACGUGCAUCUAUUGGAUUAUCUGGAAAAAUUUCUCGUUCAUUAUCCGUGAAUGGAGUAGUGUCUCUUGGAGGGGAAUGCCGUUGGAGUCGUGGAAGUUGUUAUCAAACUGCUAAUACUGUUAGUCUUGGGAUGGACAGGAGCAGUCCAGGUCCGCAACUGAAGGCUGGUGCUUCCAUCGAAAUCAUCGUAACACCAAGAAUUUCAGUGAAAAUGCCAGCGUUUUCACAAACGAAAUCUAAGGCAAUUAAGAUAUCGCUUUCCAGUUUAUUCGACGAUUUAGCUCAAGCUGCUUUUGAGUAUGUGGAUCUUUCCUUGGCCCUUUUUGUAAGUGUACCUUUAAAAGCCGGUCUGUCGGUACGUCUUCCCACAUCACAAUGUACUGGAAAAAAGCCCGCUGAAUUGGAAAACUUCUACGAAAUUUCCGGCGUAAAUCUUGGUGUCUCGAUUGGAUUUCUUGAAAAACAUUUAACGCUUGAGCUGCCUUUGGGAUAUUCUCAGAGAAAACGUUAUUGGGAUUGUAUAUGUCCAGUUCAAAGUGAGCAGGCAUGUGCAGGACCCUCUUCACCGCAUCCGAGUCCACCUGAGUACAAAAACCCGACUCCUCUUCCUCCUUCGCAAAAUAAAGGCGAGAGUGAGGGUGAAAAUACGGACGGAAACACAAAAGGAAAUACGGGUGGAAAUACAAAAGGAAAUACGAAGGGAAAUACAGGUGGAUACACGCUACUGUCAAGUCGCAAGAUAAGAGGACUUCCAUGUGGAAGAGGGCCUAUCUGUGCUGGAAGUCGAACGGGCCCCAGUUGCACACAGCCUGAUUUGGGGCUUCGUACUGGCUGUUCAGGUAACGGAAGACCUGUCAUAACCUCGAGGUGUGGAGCGCGGUGUCGCUGUUCAGGCGGAUGGGGAGGUAAUUUUUGCAACCAGUUAAAUGCAAAUGGUGGAGGUGACCCACACUUGGAGACUUUAGAUGGUGAGUAG